AUGACUGAUCAUGAUUCUUUCGUUAAAGAGAACGGAAUUAUCACGAGUGCACGGAAUAAGUUAGUAAAAUCUUCCUGGUACCUAAUUUUAAGGUCAAGAUCUUUUGUAGUUGCCUUUUCCUACUUUCCUUCAAUUGUCCUUGAAUUCGUUAAUGUCACUGUUUCUUCAUUUCGAGUACUUGUUAGUUUGUUAGCGAUGCAAUUAUUUUUACUCAACAGAAAUGGAGAGCACUUCGCGCCGACCGAGCAGGAGCUUCCUUCAUGUGAUCUAGGAAUGCACCUGCAUGUUACAAGCUUUGGGCACAAUUAUCCUCACUUCAUCAACGAGGUCACCACGAAAUUGCAGCUUUCCAGUGACGACAUUUGCUCUCUAAGUCUUAGCGACGUCAUUCAAACUCCCCAAUGCAUUUUUGAAACAACCAUUGGCGAUCCAAGAGGACAAAGUAUAAAUAAAGGAAACGGUAAUAAUAACGAUGCAGAAGAUGCCGAUUUUGCUGGUGUGCUGGAAAAUCUUCCAACUUCGUACGAUGAUUUUGAAUCAAAAGAACUUUAUUUUAAAUUGGAUCGCGAUUUGUCGAGUCCAUUAAUGGCUUGUCAGAAUCCAAAUUCAGGUUCUAAUCGUGCGUCCGCUGGUUCAUGUUUGACGAAAUCAUCAAAUAUAUAUCUUUGUGAUGGUGGAAGUAACCCGCCGGACGCAGACGAUCUAGAAGUCGCGAUGAUCAAUCAGUCCUUUGAGGAACAACAAAAGCAAACUAAAUUGUAUUCUAAUCCGUGUUUGAAGAAUCUGUUUUAUUCACAGCCUAAUACGACUGAUGAACGUGUUGGAGUUGAAAGUUUUGGGAAGAACCAGAUUCUUCAUCCAAAUCAAUCAUUGCUCUUCGGCUCCAGUACUCAUGAGAUUAAUAUGAAUGAGCGACUACCAUUUCCUACAGAUUUGUUGCUUGUUGGUAUGCCAAAAAAUUCUGUUUUCAACAAUUCCUUGAUAGUUGGCUCACCCUGUGCAAUUUCUCAAGGGAAAUGUGAAAAAACAGAAAGGUCGGAAAUGAAAUCUGAAAUGUUUAAUUCAUCAAGUAGUCAAGAUACGGCAAGUAAUCCGCUAUCGCCUAUUGCUAAAGAAAAUUGCGAGAGCAUCAGGGAAUUUGGUUAUAAUGGCAGUUGUUUCGAUGUAGAAGAAAUGAUUUUCGAUACUUCUCGAUGCGCCCUGCAUGAGGCAUUCGGAGAUUCACUGGUCGCUGUAAAAGCUAUGUCGGAUUUAAUGGAGUCGCAGCGUACGAAAAAAAUCGAGGAUUCCCCAAUUUCUGCUGCAGAUGAUAAUAUGGCUGCUACCGAAGCUCUUGCUGUGGAUGUAGUGGAAAGUCUUUUCAAUCACAGCGGAUUGACAGAAACUUCUAUUGAGGAUUCUGAUUCGAAUUUGGUGAAUGGUAGUGAUGAAAGUAAAAGUAAUAUCCCGAGUCCAGAUAGAAGUAAUCUAGCUACUUUAGUAUCAUUGGUUGAUACUGAGAAGAAAUCAGAGUCGACGGAUGAUAAAAAGGAAAGGACUGGAAAUGUAGUACGAAAUAGUGAUGCAGUGGAUUCUUGGGAGGAACUCGACAACGACGAUUAUAGUUCUAAACUUGUUAAUGAGAUAGAGACAGCAAUGUGCAAAGUUAAAGUUCGAAAGCCAAAGAUCGAUUACUAUAGUGCACCUGUUGUCGAAACAUGGGAUAAUAAUUUACUUCCACAUGUUUUGGAAGCUUCCAACCUUCUCCCUAAAUUUACGGAUGACGACGUAAAAAAAGAAUUGGCUAAAUACGAUUGUGCAGCUGAUAUUGCUAUCUACACUGUUGAUGAUACGCACUGCUUAGUAGUAUUUGCUUCAAAAAGUGCCGCGCAGCAAGCAUUAAUUUCUGUGCGACAGCGAUCAAAUAUUGCAAAGUUACGUCUGCGUUCGUUAUGUGAUGCAACAGUGGCAACGCAAGAUAAAGCACGGAAGUUUGAACAGUUCCUUCGUCCUAAGGUACAGCGUCCCCAAACUACGCUUCUUGUGGCUCGUCGUCUCGUUGAAGGUGCUUUGGGUAAAAGGUCAAAUGUUUCGCCGCAACAGAUCAGUUAUGAAAGAAAACAGUUGCAAGAAGCAAAAAAUUUGAAACAAGCAAGAAGAGCAAUAUGGGGAGAUCGUGAUCGAUAA